AUGCUUUCGGGUGUACUGGAAAAAUUCCAGGAGAUGAAAGUCUGCAGCGGCCUAAGUGAUGUUAAUAUCCAUUUUAUACCAGCCGGUGAAGCAUAUCAAGAUUACGUCGAUAAAUGGAGAAGUAAAGGCUGUUCCCUGCUCUCGAUAAAAGAAAGAAAAUGUAUACUGCAACGGGCGACACGGCUAAAGAAUCAUCCUAUGAUGAAGCGGAUUGGUGAUAUUUUAAAUCCUGUUCGAUGCAAAUUAUCAGCUAUGCGGAUAAAAAUUAGACGUGAAAGACGUCAGAAACUUCAAGCGAAGUAUCGCGUAAAACAUCUCAUGCCGUGUAUGAAAACACAAAAAGCACAAAUAGCAAGCAUGCAAGAUGCAUUUUUGAAUAAAAAAUGUGCUGAAUUAAACGUCCCAGAGUCUCAAAAAUUGGCGCUUAAAGAAAUCAUCGCAGCGGCAAGCAAAAAGGACACCAGAGGUCGACGUUACACCGAGGAGUGGGUCAUGUUAUGCAUGCUUAUGAACAUCCGAUCGGUAGGAUAUUACAAAUUUCUGCGUAAAAACAAUAUCCUGCCACUUCCGUGCACGAGGACAAUACGCAGUUAUUUCUCUUUAAUUAACGCAAAGUGCGGCUUCGAUGAACAUUUUGCGAAACUCCUCGAGAAACAUUUUGCCUCGAAAACUCCACUGCAGCGUCACGGUGUCCUGCUGCUAGAUGAAAUAAACCUCAGGGAGUCUGUAGCAGUUUCGAAAAAUUUAACUUACCUGGGCUUAACGGACUUAGGCGAUGACGGGCAACAAUCCACAGACAUAAACGAGCAAGCAACACACGGUCUUGUAUUAAUGUUCCAGCCGCUUGCUGAUGUAUAUACACAGCCGAUUGGAAGAAGCGUCAUUUGCGAAAUAUUCCUCUCGCGUUGA